GAAUUACAGAAUUUUACGCAUUCAGGAUCUCGUACGAAUCAAAGCGAAUAGGUACGGCCAAUCAACCAUGCAAGCAGCAUCUACGACGUCGAUGUACUUGCGAUGUAAUCUCGUGUCGUACAGGUACUAACAAUAAGUGCGGUCGGCAUCGCAGGAAGCCAAUGGUCAGGAGGCCAAAAGACCGAACGAAACGUCGAAGGGACGCGUUUCCUCUCGGGUGGGUUACAUGGCAGCGUUCAGGUCCGCAUUGCGGUGCUACCGCACGAUCGUCGGUUCACCCUACCACCUUCAACUACCAUCCACCUUCUCCGCACGUACACCAUCAAAAGUUUUACCUACCGACCUACUGGUCCUGUUCAUGUAGGAACAUACAUACCAUGAACAAAGUAUGUAUAUAUAUAUAUAUAUGUAUAUAUAUAUACAUACAUGCAAACUUAUAUAUACAUCCGUUGACAGACCACGUAUAUACGUAUUUUCCAGUCGAUCCAUGCGCGUUAGAGUAGCGGUCGUCAUGCGCCGGGUCACGUGACAACCUUUUCCCUCUACCCCACCGGUUACCGUUUACACCCCCGACACCCAACCCCCUACCCCCCAAAAUUUUCCUACCUCCGCAACCCUUAGCGGGGGUGGUUGGCGGCGCAGUGUUGCCUACCGCGCAAGGGACACAACACUUGCCGCUAACCAUAUUUUUACUAAAGUUUCAUUUCAAAUUUGUGUGUGUUUCUUUUUCAACCAUUAUCAUUAUCAUAUAUUAUAAAAGACUCGUACAAUAUAUCCGUAUAAAAUAAAAAAUAUUGUAACUGCAACGUUAGCGUGUACAAUUACUAUUUAAAUAAAAAGGAAUAAUCAGAAGAAAAAACUCAAUUGAUCAGUAUAAAAAUACGAAAAUUCACAUACAAGAAAAGUAGACACGUCAAUCGUCAAAUACGAAGGGACAGAACAAAGAAAAAAUAAGCGAAUAACACGUGUCGUAUAUAUUAUUACGUAUGCCACCCUGUAUUGUAACAUCCAUCAUCAAAUACGGGGCGAACAGUGAUACCGAAUAAAUUGUGUCACAUAUCUUAUAGGUUCAUAUCGACCAUUCGUUGUAAAUAAUUUGAUAGAUUAUUGCUAAGGAAAUAAUAAUAAUAAUAACAACAAUAAUAAUAAUAAUAAAUAGUAAUAAUUAUAAAAACAAUAAUAAUUAUAAACAUUAUCAUAAAUAGUAAUAUCAUUAACGAUAUUUGUAGCUAAGGAGAGAUCUCUUAUAUGCGGUGCCUAAAAUGAUUCAAUAAACUAGUGCCUAAAUCGUACGUGCAAUACAUUCGUUCGCUUAAAAGAUUCUUCACCAUAUAACAUUUAUGUACAUAUAGACAUAUUAUAUAUAUGCAUAUAUAUAUGUAUGUUUAUAUUAUGUUGUUAUGCGUAUUAUUUUAGUGCUCAGAUAGUACGUAAUUUUGAACGAUCGAAGUUUAUCAAAAUAAUACCGUAAUUAAUGUUUGUAACUACACGUUUCACAGAUCACGUUGAAUUAGUUAUACUUAUAUCGAUGAACGGGUGCCAGUUAAAUGAUCGCUUCAAGUUUCCCUUGAUAUAAAACCAACGUUGUCACGUGAUCAAAGAUUAUUUGAAAGAAGAAAGAAAUUUUAAUUAAACAGAAAAAUGAAUAUCAAUAUAAUGAAUGGAUAACUAAUAAAUUGCAUAACUAUCCGUAUAAUUUUGAAAAUUUUCAAUAUCAUCGCAUGCGCCGGUUGAUAAGAUUCAGGAGCAUUUAAAUCAAUUACCUACCAUAAGACGAUAUAAACGAUAUAAUUAAUACCAUAACUGAACGACGCUAUAAACCAUGUCGCAGCUAAUGCUGUGUAGCCUUGGAAAUAGUUCGAAUGCCGGAAAUGACACGAAUAACAAUGCGAACACCAACAGUAGCAUGGAGGAUGACGAUUCUUAUCCACUUCCAACGAUAUACAGAUGCCGUGCUCCAAUAGCGAGUUUGGACUGCAUGGAAGAGUUCAACAGCGGAGGAGGCGGAGGUGGAGGUGACGGGCUCGGUAAUUGCGGGGCUGUUGCCGGAACCAAGGAACAACUUCUUACAAAUUGCAUAGCUGCACAGGCACACCGAUUGCAGCAUCCAUCGCCUGGUAUACGCUACCGAAAUUUAGGAAAGAGCGGCCUUCGAGUGUCAAACGUCGGUCUGGGUACCUGGACGACAUUUGGGGGUGUCGGUGGUAGCGGUAAUGAAGAAACUGCCGAAGCUGUUAUCGCCCUUGCGUACGACAGUGGGGUCAAUGUGUUCGAUCUCAGCGAAGCUCACAGUGGUCACAGAGCAGAAACUCAACUGGGAAGAAUUCUUUCGCGUCGAGCAUGGAACAGAACAACUUAUGUUGUAACUACAAAAAUAUACUGGAACAGCAAGACUGAAGGAAGGGGUCUUUCUCGAAAGCAUAUUAUCGAAUCGGUACAGGCUUCCCUGUUACGUCUACAGUUAUCGUACAUCGAUAUCGUUAUGAUCCACAAAGUUGACCCUAUGUGCCCAAUGGAAGAAAUUGUUCGUGCGAUGAAUUACGUUAUAAGCAAGGGCUGGGUCAUGUACUGGGGUACAUCGAGAUGGUCUCCCGUGGAGAUUAUGGAAGCUUACACAAACUGCAGACAGUUCAAUUGUGUAACUCCAAUCGUUGAGCAAGCAGAGUACCACUUAUUCUACAGAGAAAAACCAGAACUGUACAUGCCGGAACUGUACAAUAAAAUUGGGGUCGGACUGAUGGCUUGGUCCACGGUUACCAUUGGAAUGGUGUCGUCGAGAACCGAAGAUUGCGGAAUGUCUUUCCUCUCGAGAUCUUCGUAUAAAGUAAAAAACAAAUAUUCCUCAUUCAGUUGGACGGAAGAUGAAACCCAGUCUUUGUACAAAGAGCAGGAGUACGGAUGGAAGGACAAAUUGGUCGAUGAGGAAGCCCGAAAAUAUUCGGAUAAAUUCAGGGAGGUAUCGGCGUUAGCGGACAGGAUGGGUUGUUCCUUUGGUCAACUUGCUAUAGCGUGGUCAUUAAAGAAUGAAAGUGUCCAGUGCCUUCUGCUCGGCGCAGCCAACAUAGAUCAACUGUACGAGAGUCUACAAGGUUUACAGCUAAUCCCGAAGCUUAACGCUAGUAUGAUGAGCGAAAUCGAGCGAAUACUCGAUAACAAGCCGUCCAGGCCACCCAUGGUAUCCACUCUGGCGCUCAGAUGACAAUCGAUUUGCCCCCACGGAAGCGGUGGGGGUUCCAUCGAGGAGGGUGGAAGUCCAAAAAGCGAGGGUGGCAACAGCCAAGAUCAAGAGCAAACAAAGGAAGCGACCAACAAACUCUCAUUUUGCGAAAUUCAGUGACAGGGAGAUCCAUCCCCGACACAGGCCUCAGAUUCUGCAGCUCAAAUUCGAUUGCCAGAAUUAGCAUCGAACUGCAGUCAAUGUAUUUGCCAGUAAUAUUCGUACCACUUUUUCCCGUUUGUACCCGUUCAUUCGUGAUCCGACUUACCUUAUAAUAUACGUUUCUUUUCUUUCGCCUAUUUUAUGAGAAGAAAAAUUCGAAAGAUUCAGGGCUUCUCAAUUCCAAUAAUAGUCAGUUAUGUACUCACCUACGCGUACCUACAUACCAAAUACAACUGACGAUAAUAUCGUGUUUACACAAAACUUCAAAAAGGUUUGAAAAUCAAGUGCAAUCAGAGUAAACAUACUGAUUGUUGAUUUAGUCGCUUUAACCAUCAUACAAAGAUGGUUGAAAGUCAAGUUCAUUUACAAUGCUUAUCGGACAUGAUUUGAUUACGGAACUAUUUAGGUGAGAAUCGAGGUAUCGAUAUACUGACGUAUUAUACUUGUCGUUUUAACGGUGUAAUUUUAACGAGGCAAUUUCGGGGAUGGUCGUUUUGUAUAUGGAUUCAAAAUCUCAUCGAUAUCGAUCUACUAUCUAAUAAUAUCCAUAUAUUAUAUGCAUAUAUCUUUAUAUAUACAUAUAAUGGUAUUUGUUGCUAUCAAUUCUCUUGCGAACAAAAAGAUGAGGCAAAAAAAAAUUUUAGGAGUCUUGAAUUAAAAAUCGAUUAACACGCAAUUUAAAAUACAAUAAACAAAAUCGAAUAUUUAAAAAAAAUAAAUGGUUAAAAUUAGUAAAUAUAAUUAUAAUAAUAAUGAUAAUGAUAAUGAUAAUGAUAAUAAUAAUAACAAUAAUAACGCGUAGUUAACGAUAAUUUUACCAUUUUGGACAUUAUUUAAAAUAUGUUCAGUACGAUCCAUCCAUUAUUAACGACGUAAAUAAGUCAACCGAUUAAUCGGAUAGGGUGAAUCUUUGACUUUGCCCCAACUUCGAACGAGAAAAUAUGUACGACUCAUAAACGCUCAAAAAUGCAAGAGUCCUUUUAUGCUCAUUUAGACUCGAAUACGAAUAUAUACGUUAAACAAUCAUGGGGCUAAUUCCGAAAAAAGGAUCGAUAAGGUCGACCCUUUCUCGAUGAUACGGAGGACGCGGAGUUGAUUGUUUGGACAGUAAAUCAGAAAAAAAACGGUAUGCAGUUGUUGAUAUUAUUUUCCAAUUUUGAUGAACAAUACGGUUGUGAAGCAAGUGAGGCGUUAAAAAACGUGUUCAUCCGUCUUUCGUCUCAACAAUAUCGUAAAAACGUCUGAUUUAGUAAAUGACAAAUAAUUAACUGACAAUGAGUGAAAUAUUGAAUUCAUGCACUGUAAAAGGGUGGAGAUCGUUUUGAAAUUUGUUAAAUUAAUACGUAUGAAUCAGAACGUUAUAGAGCUGCCCAUUGAUCAUUUCAAGCAGAUUAAUUUUAUUUUCAGGAAAUUUUCUCUCCGUAAAUAUAACGUUAAACGUCUUAGUUAACAUGUAUGUAUAUGGAUACAAUGUUGCUCGCCAAUUGUUAUUAAAAAAAAAGUUUUUCAACAAACUUCUAAAUCUGUAAAUAUAAACCACUGGUUAAGCAGUGCUCGUAAAGAUCUGGCGGGGCACGUAUACCGAAUGAUAGGUACGAAAAUAUCUGAACUAAUAAUGCCAAUCGAUUCUGAUUGAAGUUUGAAUCGAUAGGUAAGAACAUGGAAGAAAUUAAUAAAUUAUUCAACUAAUAUGACCGGCUUAUGAAAAAAAGGUUGGCAAUUAUGAAUUAUCGUAGUAGGGUUGUCUCGCAUUGAGGAUGGAAAUAGUUUAUAUUAUAUACUAAAAUAUAGAAUUAACGAUAUAAAUAAUUUGAUAUUUAAACCUCGUAUAUGCUUGAUUUUUCUUCGAAUAAACGGAAUCAUAAUGGAGAUAAAAAAAAAGAAAAGGCGAGAUUCGGCGGAUCGCAUUGCCAUCCUUCAGCUUUACCGGUCGUUAUUACGUAGAUAUAUAUUAUAUUAUAUAUAUCCUGUAAAUAUUUCUAUAAAUAUGAUAACAUAAUAUACUUAUCGCAUCCGUUAUAAUAACAUAGUUUUAUCCUUUAUAUACAGUAGUAAUUAUACUAUACAUUUGCAAAUCGCGUCUCAUAAUAUAUUAUAAUUGCCUCUACAUAGCGUAUAUUUUAAACGUCAAACACUUCAGAAUCAUACCUAUUCCGAACUAUAAUUAAAACAAAAAUAAACAAAUAGCAACAAAGAGGAAAAAAAAUUAGGCAAAUUUGAAUAACCAUAAUACUCAUCUUUAUAGUUAGUAUCUGUACUUACCUAAAAUUGUCCAUAUUCUCAGCCGAUACAGCUUAUAUACACGAAUACACUAAAUAUCCAAGAUAAAUGAAUAACAUAGUUAUUUAUUGAAGUAUAACUUCAAAACAGCGUCAGAUAAAAAAUUUAAAAGUUAUAAUACUUGCGUGGCAUCUUCAUAAUUUUCGAUGCAAAAUAUACAUUUUUACAUUAAUUGGUGCUUAUAUGGAAACUCUACGUCAAGUCAAGAAGACACUAGAAUAUGUUAUAUAUACAUUACCUGGGUAUGUUUGGAAAUAUUAAACACGAAAAGCUAAUUACACUCUCCAGGGAUAUCCUGAAAUUUCCGCUUGGCUUCUCGAUUGCUCAAGAUUAACUCAAAGUGUAUAACGUGUAACACAGGUGAAGUAGAAAUAGCGAAGUUAAGAAAUUGAUUUCAUGAGAUUGCGCGUUCAUUUAUUGUUCAUCUGCGCAUUUCUUUUUCUCCUCACAAUCAGUUUUCAUUGUUCUUCAAACUCGUGCGUGCACCUUCAGGCAACAUUGAGUAACUUGUGACAAAUGAAAAAAUAAAUAAUACGAUAAUAAAUCGAGAAUAAUGGUAAUUAUAAUAAUAAUAACAACGUAGAUAUUAUUUCUCACGAAUCUUGUGCGAACGAUUUUGACGAUAAUGAAAAACAUUACAGGAGAAAAAAAGGAAAUCAAAAUCAAUUGAGUUAUGAUAGAAGAGAAAGGGUUUGGAACGUGCGCGGGACAAUCGACCGCGUGGCUGUAUGAUAGUGUUUUUUAGCACCGGCUGUGAUUUAGCAUUUGAGUUUUGUGCGAUUGAAUAAAAAGGAGCUGAUUUUACACGUCCUGUAUUCAAGCGCUAUCUCACAAUUAACUACAUCGCUGGCUGCACUUAACCGUCGGUUUUAAUCGACAGCAUAACCGAUUGAUCCCUUGAAAAAAUGUAUAAAGUAAAUCAAUACACGAAUAUUACGAUAGGGUGUAAAUGGAUCAGAAAUAUCCGUCGCAUACAAUUUGUGAUUUUUUGGUGCACUCCAUUUAAAAUUAAGAUUGUUUCUAUCUUGUUAAAUCCGAAGGCAAAUUGUUUAAUAAAAGUUCAAUUUGCGAGA